UUACGCUUUUCAUGAUUAGCUACUCAGUGAUUUCAUGAUUAUGGAAACACCCAAGUGUUCCUUUAAAUGCAAAUUGCAGUUUUGUUUGGGAUUUAUUUAUUAUUUCGACGUCAUUUCCUGAGGGGAAUCUUGCCUUGCCUCCCACUUUUCUUGGGACUUGUGAAAAUUGUCCGGUUGGAUGACCGAGUAAGUGUUAUAGGAACGUUAGAAUACUAGUUGUCACCCAUGGAAACGUAUUAGUUUUAUUUUGUGAAGGUGGAACAGGCAAGUGGAUUGGUUCUUAUUUUAGAUAUCCGCAAGUCUUUUGUGAUUAUUGCUUUUGGCCAUCCGCGACAGUAGCAAGUGUGUAUGUCGGACUUCUUGCAUCUGUUGCUUCAGCAUCAUCACAAUAGGUAGUGUUCGCCAGGCUCCAACAUGCUGAGUUUCCUCCGCCGGACACUGGGCCGGCGGUCCAUCCGUAAGCAUGCUGACAAGGCCCGGUUGAGAGAGGCCCAGCGGGCCACCACACACAUCCCUGCUGCCGGGGACUCCAAGUCUGUCAUCACCUGCCGUGUGUCAAUGCUGGACGGCACAGACGUCAGUGUGGACCUACCGAAAAAAGCCAAAGGUGAGGAGCUGUUUGACCAGAUCAUGUACCAUCUGGACAUCAUAGAGAAGGACUACUUCGGACUACGCUUCAUGGAUUCUGCACAAGUACCGCAUUGGCUUGACGUUACAAAAAGCAUUAAAAAACAAGUCAAAAUCGGACCCCCGUACUGCCUUCACAUGAGGGUUAAGUUCUACUCCUCAGAACCCAACAACCUGCAUGAGGAGUUGACCAGAUAUCUAUUUGUGUUACAACUAAAGCAAGACCUCCUUAGUGGCAAGUUAGAAUGUCCUUUGGACACAGCAGUGGAACUGGCGGCCUUCUCAUUACAAGCUGAGCUGGGAGACUGUGACCCAGCAGAGCAUGCUCUGGAUCUGGUCUCUGAGUUCCGCUUCAUGCCAGAGCAGACGGAGGCCAUGGAGCUGGCCAUCUUCAACACCUGGAAGGAGUGCAGGGGCCAGAUGCCAUCGCAGGCAGAGAUUAACUACCUGAACAAGGCCAAGUGGCUGGAGAUGUAUGGGGUGGACAUGCACAUGGUCAAGGCUCGAGAUGGUAAUGAAUACCAGUUAGGACUGACUCCCACUGGAGUGCUGGUGUUUGAGGGAGAGACCAAGAUAGGCCUGUUCUUCUGGCCCAAGAUUACCCGUCUAGACUUUAAGAAGAGCAAGCUGACCCUGGUGGUGGUGGAGGAUGAUGGGGAAGAGGCUCAGGAGACAGAAGAGGGUAAAGAGCAGGAGCACACGUUUGUGUUCCGUAUGGACCACCCAAAGGCCUGUAAGCACCUGUGGAAGUGUGCUGUGGAGCACCACGCCUUCUUCCGGCUCCGCGGCCCCGUCCAGAAGGGCUCAGCACACUCCGGGUUCAUACGCAUGGGAUCACGCUUCCGCUACAGUGGGAAGACUGAGUACCAGACCACCAAGGGUAACAAAGCCAGGAGGUCAGCAUCGUUUGAGAGGAGGCCCAGCCGCCGUUACUCCAGGAGGACCAUGAUGAACCGGGGAGCCAACAAACUCCAGGAUCACAACAACAGAGUGAGCCCCAACAAAGAUGCCAAGCCCCUCCACAUCAGAAGCCCCUGGUCCCUACCCGUGGUCAGCCCUGCAUCCUCAGCCUCCACCAGUGGCCCUAUGGAAAUCGAAACCUUCCCCAGGAGUCCUGGCGGUGGCCAAUCAGAGAAGAGGAGCAUGCUCCUGCCCCUCGUAGCUGAUCCGCUAGAGACAUGCAUCGAUGAUGUCAUCCGGACACCUGUUCCCAUGGCGACAGCAGGCCUGUCUGAGGAGGCGGGGCCAAGCAUGGCUGCCUCCGCCUGCAGCCUCACAGGGGAGGAGACCGUCUCUCUUGCAGAGGCAGCAGCGCGGCUGAAGCAGCUGGAACUAGACAGUACCUCGCUCCCUGUCCCUUCUAGAGCCAACCUCAACCUCAACAUGAACAACCAGGAGGACGUGGUGAAGCUCACAGAGAAGUGUCUGAACAACAUGGGUAGCAGCAGCAGCCCUGUGCUCACUCCACUGCGCCCCCCAGAUGACCUGAAGAGUAACAUCCUCAAAGCCCAGGCAGAGGCUGCCCUCAAGAGCUCCCUGGAGGAGCACGUUGUGAUCGGGGACAAGAACACCAACCUACAGGAGGCUGCAGCCAGGCUAAAGGUGCGUGGUGGCCGUAUGGGCAGCAACUCCUCCCUUUCUCUAACUGGACUUCCCGAGCGGCAGGAGUCAUGGGACCUGCUCAAACCCACACUGCUGACCUCUGCUGGGGCCAGUGUUGAGAUGUUGACUGAGGAUUUCAUGUCAUCCGCACCUAUGAUGCCCCUUGAAAUACUUAACGGGGGGCAACCAACAAAGGCCAAACCUGAGGAGCUGGAGAUGCCCACCCCUCCGUCGCUGCCGGCCCCGCUGAGCGAUAACCUGAUAGACUUCUCAGACCCAACCCCAGUAUUACCACCACCACCACCAGUGCAAUCUAAACCCAUGAUAUCACCUCGCUGGAACAUCCCUGCUGCUGCACCACCCACCGCCAACUUUACUAAUGGCCUCCUUGACCUUGACCCCUCUGCAAAGACCGCCGCCCCUCUCCAACCUGAAGGGGGGGCUCUCACCCCAGCCCUGCACCCCCAUCUCUCCUCUCAAACACACAAUGUGAUUGACACCAGCAUUGUGGCCCACCCACCCAAAGAGCACGGCACCAAGCACAAAGGUCUGUUGACCACUGAGCUCUGAGAGGGAACCGGGAGAGCUAGCUUCUACCCUCCUCACAACAAAUACUUCCUACUCCUGGCGUUCCCAAACUAGGGGGCUAUUUCCCAUUCUGAGCACAUUCAUCUCCUGCUGCUUUCCCAGAACUGGGGAAUGUUCCUGCCCUAGUGACAACCAGCAUCUCCUACUGCAUUCCCAAACAAUUCCCAAACCAGCAGCAAUCAAGAGAUUGGAUUAUUGGAAUUCCUCGUCUCACUACAUUCCAGUUUGGAGACGUUAUUAUUUUUAAUUGUUGAUGUAUUUUAGUACCACAGUUGUGUCACUACUUCUUUCAUAAGCAUUCCUACAAAGUGCACACACUCCUUUUUAGAAAUGUUUUAAGCAGGAAGGGACUGCGAUAAGUGCUAAGGAAGAAGGAGAGGACAUCUGUACCUGAAACCACUGAAUUACAUUGGAUCACUGGACCUGGACUCUUUUAUAGGAUAUGAAACAAUGACUUUAUACUGAUGACAUUUUACUCUUUAUUUUUAUUUUUUAUUGUGUCCUGUUAGUUUUUUUCCCUUUUUUUAUUUAAAGUCAUACAGAGUGAAUUGAUCAAGUACCAGUGUUCAGUUAGGACCUGGCGCUCACUAGAUGUUUGAAUCCGAUUAUGACUCAGUCAUCUGAGGAUGACAACAGCAAUAUGUAGCAUGCAGGCAUGAAUUUAGCCACGAACAAGUCAUGUGUAAAAUGUUAUACCUAUUUUGUAUCCAUAUAAAAACACUGUAGCUACGACCUGCCUUAUUAAGCUUGCUGAAUGUUAAAUUCUGAUUGCAUAACUUUACACAGUAAGGAAAUACUACCACUACUAUUACUAAUACUACCACUACUGUUACUACUGUAUCUAGGCCUAUACUGUACUUUAGUUUUUCUUGUUACUUACUGAGUCCACUGCUUACGACUGGAGCGUCUCACUGUAUGUGAUGGUCAUUUCUCAUAAUGUAGUCUUGACACUGUUUCUGGCUGUGUGUGAUGGUCAUUUCUCAUAAUGUAGUCUUAACACCGUUUCAGGCUGUGGUCAUCAAUGACAGGUGACAUGGGUCAUAGGCUGACAGGAAAUAGGCCUAUCACAAACUGGCUCUCCAUUGGUUAUUUUCCACACUAAGCCAAUCACAUACAGGAUCUCUGGUGGUAGGAAAGUAGUCCGUCAACUGUAUUAUUCACUAACGUAAGAUGUAAUUUAAACUGUAUUUUAGAUAUCAGACAUAUAUGUUGCCUCUACGGGCGAUAGAUCAGAAGUAGGUCUUUGCGAGACGAUGUGCAGUAGCGGUAAAAGCAGAGGACAUUUUCAAAUGCUAUUAAUUUGAACAAGUGAGCUGUGAACAACACCCAUCUCAACGGGAAAUACUUUUUAAAACAUGUUUUAUUUUUUUGGGUGAAGUCUCUGAUUACAUUUUUAUGGUUUCUUGAUUCCUUUUUUUUUUGCAGGAAUACAGUGGGGGAAAAAAGUAU